UCGGCUUGGCUCAGCUUGGCAACAGGACGCAGGCAACAGGCGCGCUCCCUGCUCCCUGCUCCCUGCUCCGGUCCGCCACCGCUAUGGUUGCUGUGCCCACUGCCUGGUGCUCCGUCGCUCUGGCCCUGCUCCUGGCCCUGCACGAAGGCAAGGGCCAGGCUGCUGCCACCCAGGAGCAGCCAAUGCCCUCGCCCCAUGCCGGCGGCUCCCACCUGCGGCCUCGGCGUUGCUCCUGCAGCUCCUGGCUCGACAAGGAGUGCGUCUACUUCUGCCACCUGGACAUCAUCUGGGUGAACACUCCCGGACAGACAGCUCCUUACGGCCUGGGAAACCCGCCAAGACGCCGGCGCCGCUCUCUGCCAGGGCGCUGUGAAUGCUCCAGUGCCAGAGACCCUGCCUGUGCCACCUUCUGCCAUCAAAGGCCCUGGGCUGAAACCAUGGCAAACCCAGGCAUUGCAUCCCCAGAAGAUGUGUUCCAGGCUGGCAAGACAUGGACCACUGCAGGAGAGCUCCUGCAGCUGCUAAGGGACAUUUCUUCUGCCAAGAUCUGCUUUGCUAGGCGACAGCAGGAGGCAACAAAGAAGUCCAAGCCUACACACUCCGGGCGCAGGAAGAGAUAGUGUUGGAAGCUGGAGAAACUCUGGGAAGGAAGCCUGUGUGGAUAUGGGAAGAGAGGGGCAGCCCAAGGCAGGGAGACUCUCCACCUGCUUCUGGACCUGGAAACCCACCUGCUGGGAUUGGCACAAGCUCUGGUCUCCCCGCCCUGGUGAGGGAAGUGAGGGAGACCCCUCAAGGCAGCUCCGAGCCCUCACGCUGCCCAGAAAAGCCUUCAGCUCCCAGGCUGCAGAGCAGCCUCCCACUCUGGCUCUGGUACCACAUCCCUGCGGAAAAGAACUAACCUGGAAGCCAUGUCCUGAGAGGUAUCCUGUCUGUUGGCUACAAACCAGGAGCAACGCACAGUGGUGGACGCUCACGCCUAAGCCAGCCAAUGGCUGGUGUCCCUGCCCCCUUCAUCUGUCCCCUCCAGCUCUCCCUCCCCAGAGUCCUGUGCCCUCAAUGCCCUCAGGACGCUCCUGGUGAGGGGGCCUGUACUGCUUUACCUAUCUGUAUAUAACUUAUUUGCUCUAAGAACUUGGAUAACUCCACUUAUUUAUUGUAAUGUAUUUUUUUAGACUUUCAAUUAUUUGCAGGCAAACUUGUGUUUGUAAUAAACAGUGAAAGGUA